GUCACCGAAACCGGAAGCGGUACAGGGAAGCGACAGGCACAGGCGGAAGCCCCGGGAUACUGACCGGUGACAGGAGGAGCGGGGAACGAGAAAGUCCAUUGUUACGAAUUGUCCACUACAAAGGAGUCCCAAUGCCGCUGGGCCUGGGUCGAAGAAAGAAGGCUUCUCCGCUCAUGGAGGAAGACGACGUGGGCGAGCGCACUGCUUUGGGAAUAUCUCAUGCUGGUAGUGUAUCUGGCGGCACUAUCUCACCACAGAUACCUGGCCUUCCACCCCCUGCUCCUGCCCUUCGACCUCGCCUGGUUUUCCAUGCACAGCUGGCUCACGGGAGCCCUACCGGAAGGAUUGAAGGGUUCAGCAAUGUGAAGGAGUUAUACGCGAAGAUAGCAGAGGCAUUUAAUAUACCCACGAGUGAGGUAAUGUUCUGCACGUUGAAUACUCACCGCCUGGACAUGGACAAGCUUCUUGGGGGUCAGAUAGGCCUGGAGGAUUUCAUCUUUGCUCACAUACGUGGCCAGAAAAAGGAGCUCGAGGUGUAUAAGUCUGAGGAGUCGCUGGGCCUUACCAUCACCGAUAACGGCGCCGGUUACGCCUUCAUCAAGCGUAUUAAAGAAGGCAGCAUCAUACACCGGAUGCAGCUCAUCAACGUCGGGGACAUGAUCGAAUCCAUUAACGGGAAGAAUCUAGUGGGCAGCCGCCACUUUGAGGUGGCGCGAACUCUUAAGGAACUGCCCAGAGGGAAAGCCUUCACAGUGAAGCUGUGUGAACCCAGAAAAGCCUUUGAUAUGAUUGGUCAGCGCUCCAGCUCAUCCACUGCCAGCGCUGGGGUAUCCACAGGUAGAGGAACGUUACGCCUCAGAGCCAAGGGCCCACCGACCGUGGAGCAGCUGCUGAGAGAGGUUUCCGUCAUUGAGGAGAAAGCCAUACAGAAAGUGGACGAUCUGCUGGAGAGUUAUAUGGGGAUCAGAGACAGUGAUUUGGCUGGCACCAUGGUGGAGCUGGGCAUGGAUAAACAGAACCCUGACGACUUCUCCCAGGCCUUGGACCGCACGCUAGGGGACUUCGCUUUCCCAGAUGAGUUUGUCUUUGAUGUCUGGGGUGCUAUAGGCGAUGCCAAGGCUGGACGCUACUAAGUUACCUGAACCCCUGCACCACCCCUGGGGUGUAUCCGCUGCUUCCCAUCUACAUCUGUGUCUAGUCCCAGGAAGUGCAAGGACACUGGUGAGAGGAAUCUUCUAAGGGCUAAACCACUGCUGUCAAGAUCCUGGUCAUAGUAUGUCGCUCUCUCUCCUGCUAUUUACAUCACCAUCCGGAAGUGCUCCUCACGCUUGUCGAGACUGUCCGGAGGAGCCUGGCACUGAUUCAUCUCCUAGGUGACAAAUGGGCAUGAACAUUAAUUCACAUUUUUCAGAUGCAAACCCAUUGCAGGAUGUACUGAGCUAGACAGGAGGUGGCGAGGACAAUGCUGCACCCCACAACCUCCAGAGUAACACUCCACUACAUUCCUUGGAUGGAUCGGAGAAUAUCUAGUGAAUUGAGAUUUAGCUAAGCUAAUGGGGUAGUUGGAAUCCUUCCCCUCUAAAAGAGGACAUCUCACAGGGAGAACGCAUACCGAUUCCACCCGUACAGGACACUUUUCUAACGUUAAAGUCUAUAACUACUAAAAGAGCUGUAUGUUACAGACCCUCUGUAUUCAUAAGAAGCUGGGAGUUAUCGCCACCCAGUGGCAGACUGGCAGAAUUGCAAUAAUGGCUGCCAUGCUUCUUGAUGGAUCGGAGGGGUCAUUGAGCUAGAUAAUUUAUGUCGUCAUCUCACAAGUCUAUUUUCUGUGUUCCCUAUUAUGACUGUAAGAGAAGAGAAAAGCAGAAUUUAUUAAAGAUUUUAUA